AUAUUAUCCCCAUAAAGGGUUCAUGGGUUUAUCCUGUUUCUACCUUCACUUUUUCGUAGCGUUUUAAUAUACCUUUUUCCUGUAGGUUGGCGAGAUGGAGGAAUGUGGACGAAGUGCUGACGUGGCAUUCAUUGACGUCAGCCCCGUGAUUUGUGGUGGGUGCGGCAGCAAGGCCGGCAGUCUCGUGGGGGAUGCAGAGGUGUUAGUCAGAGAGGCCGUGCUCUGCAGAUCGGACAAAUUAGACACUGAAGUUCCCAUCGUAAGAGGAUAUGAUUUUCAAAAUGGAACCGUUGAUUACGACGCGCUUCUCCAAGCAAUGCUGACCACGGGAUUCCAAGCCAGCCACUUCGGCCGCGCCGUCCAGGAGGUCAACAGAAUGAUUUCCUGGAGGUUGUCGGAUGAGGCGGUGGAGCCGGACUGCAGCCCGGAGCAUCGGGAUCCCGCUGUUCGGUCUUCUGUGAAAUCCAAAAUUUUUUUGGGGUUCACGUCGAACCUUAUUUCGUCGGGAAUUCGCGAAACGAUACGCUUUCUAGCACAACAUAAGCUGGUGGAUGUCCUUGUGACUACUGCAGGGGGAAUAGAGGAAGACCUAAUUAAGUGCAUAGCGCCAACCUAUGUCGGGGAUUUUUCCCUUUCAGGAAAGUCUUUACGGGCCAAGGGACUCAACCGGAUAGGCAACUUGCUUGUGCCCAAUGACAACUACUGUUUGUUUGAAGAUUGGGUGCACCCAAUUCUGGACAAGCUCGUCGCCGAGCAGAGAGAACAGAAGAUCAACUGGACACCCUCCAAAGUGAUUGCAAGGCUAGGCAAGGAAAUUAACCACCCCGAUUCCUAUCUCUACUGGGCACAGAAGAAUGGCAUUCCUGUCUACUGCCCAGCUCUGACAGAUGGAUCGCUAGGAGACAUGAUCUACUUCCAUUCAUUCAAGAAUCCUGGACUUGUUAUUGACAUUGUCGAAGGUGAGAUACAACCCGAGCUACUAUGGACUUUUUAUCUGAACACAUCUGGCAUGAGCGAGAAACGCAGCAAGAGCAGAGAACGACAAAAUGACACGAAAUCCGGCCCACGCUGAUUAGCGAAGGGUCGCCUGCGCAAAUGAAGUCCAUGGGGAUGCAACAAUUUUGUUUCCUCUUUUGGUGGCUCAGACCUUUGCAAAAGUGAAGGCACCUUCCCAAAAUGGAGUUCAUAUGGAAAAUUCCGCACCUUCCCAAAAUGGAGUUCAUCUGGAAAAUGGGAAGCCAUGGCCCGCGAGCUGACAUCUCCUCUCUCUUUUUUUUUCUUUUCUUUUUUUGUUAGUCUUUCAAGGAGCUGCAUUCUGAAAAAUGCUGUCAAUCAUGUAUGGAACCAUUUGGGACCACAUGGAACCGUUUGGGGACCAUUUGGAACCAUUUGGAACCAUUUGGGACCAUUUGGGAACUAUUUGGAACCAUUUGGGACCAUUUGGGAACCAUUUGGAACCAUUUGGGAAGGGAAAGCAUGCCCAGUUUCAUUGUUUCUCGACUCUUUGGGCAAUGAUAGGAAAUUGGUGUUUGGGGGUUAGGCUGAUGGAUGACGUCUCGAUACUGCUGGCUUAUCAGAGGGGGGACCGCAGGUCGAUUGGGCAUGCGAACAGGAUUCUUAGGAAAUUCAGAUGGGUGCUACCCCCGAUUAUUGGCUCUGAAAAGGAACCAACGAUAAGACGGGGGUGUGUGGGACUUCGUUGGCCACAGACUGAAAGUCGGCCAACCUUUUCCAUACCUGAGCAGUACGAAGCGGACGAAGAAUAUGAGGAGUCGAUUUGGAAGUCAGAAGACACACUGGUUUUAAAGACUGGACAGGAUUUUUGAUCCUGGUCCACCGUCCGUACGGAAUCAAAAGCUGGCCGCGGUAAUCCGUACUGAUAUCCUGCAUCGGAUCGACGGUCACCGUAAUACCACCGUCCGUACGGAUAUCCACGAAGCCGUACGGACAGCUCCUGUGCAUUGCGAAAGUAGUACCCCGCGAAGGGAUUCUCAGACAUCGUCUUUGGGAUCGCGCUGCGGAACCUUUUUGCGGUCAAGGGAGGAAAUGUGGAGAUUUAUGUCAGCCUUAGUUGCAGGGAGUUAGUGCUUUUUUUUUUUUUUUUUUUUUUUUUUUUUUUUUUUUUUUUUUUUUUUUUUUUUUUUUUUUUUUUUUUUUUUUUUUUUUUAAAGCCCAGUGCUAGUAGGUAUAGUACUGUAUAUAGUUAGUCAUAUGAUGUCAUAUCAUUAGCUCGUCCUUGUCAAUCACGACAUGGCUCCGGGGGUUGCCCCGGAAAGGGUGUGGGUGGAUCAUCAGCGUAAGUUUGGGGCGAAGGAGGAGGGAUGAGGAUAGCAGAUUCUUGAGACGGAUUCCGCGGUUCUCUUGGGUUGCGCUUUCUCUCAUAAAGCUGUGCUUGAUUUUGGACUUCGGCUUUGGUCAUCUGUCCUCUUGUCGGCCACUGCUGGUCGUCUCGUCGACUGUGAUUGCAUGUUUGUUCUCACCUCCCCUCAUUGUUUCUCUGUCUGUUCUGGUGAACUGACGGGAGGACUCGACUCUUGGAAGGACUUGACUCUCGGAAGAUCACAUGUACACAAACAUAGACCUGUGAUAGAUGAAUAACUUGGUAGGAUCAGAGAACUGUCAGUGCAGGUUCGAUAUGUGAUCGAUUUCUUUAUCUUCUCUGCUAUGCAGUCAGAGCAGCAGACUCAUUUCUCUCUUGUAGCAGUGCAGCAGCUCCUAAACCAGGUUCAGUCCUGCUUCAGACACACAGACCAAGUUUACGUGGUGGUUUGCUUUUUCCUUGAGCAACUGCAGUGACAAUGGCCUCGCGGUCAUGGUGGACAUGAACCCAUGACCUCGAUCGAGCAUGCGGAAUGUUCAUUCAGUGGUGAUGUGGUCUCUAAAGAUUCUUGUCGAAAAGACCCAGAAAGGAGCAGCAAAAAAUUGAUUAAAGAGACGAAAUGAUCGGCAGAAAAGAAGGAUCGGCAGAAAAGAAGGAUCGGCAGAAAAGAAGGGGAUUAGCAGAAAAGAAGGGAUAGGCAGAAAAGAAGGGAUCGGCGGUGGUAAGUGAAAACGCGAGGAGUGAAAACAGUAGUGAAAACGUUCACAGUUCAGACAUGGCACUCUUUUAAGUGCUCUGUUUUUUUUUCGCAUAUAGGUCUCAUGCUGGGUGUGCUGCGAAGCUUGUUCGACACCAUGGUAUGUAGUAUGUACUAUGUAAGUAUUUGCUUGAGCCAUAGCAAUCCGUAUGGAAACUGACAGUCAGUUUCUUCCCAACUUCAUGUCCUUGACUUGCUCAGUGAGUCUUGUUCCAGUUCCAAUUGCACAGAAUAUCUGUUUGAUAUAUCUGUAGAUAAUAAAGGUAUGAAAGAUACAGUCUAGAAUGUUAUAGAAUAUCUUACGGUUACAUACUUUGGGUUUUAUGAAGAUAGUUUUUUUGUGAUUCCUGUGGUUUGUCAUAGGCUGUGUGUCGUAUGGGAGCUUGCGACGGUGACAACUGUGGGCCUCGGUCGCGUCGGGGUUAAGCCUGGCCGGAGAGAAGAGUACUGUUGCACAAGCCUGUGAAGCAGACAAAUAAUUGUCAUCUUUGUCUUUUCCGUUGUCAGCUUAAGCUUAUAAUAGCGCUA